GACGCCUUUUUCCUGGGUCCAGUUCUGACUCGCGAGUCGCAUUGGAUUUCGAUUCAGGGGAGUUGGUUGAAGAUAGAGAAUUUGGUGAUGUUUGGAUUAAUAGUAUUUAUGACAUUUAGCGAUGAAGUAUUUGUGAAAUUUAGAAUGAUGGGUUUUUUCGGAUAUAAAGUCAUCUUUUUCCCAUAUCAACGGAUGGUCUGAACUUUGGUACGAGCACUAGGACUUGGUGGGUCGACUGACAACAUUGCUUUCCCUGCCUCAGUCCCUUUCGAGCUGCUUUGAAAUACCUUCACGAUAUUAUGCACCACUUGCCUUGUUGCAAUAGCUUUUCCUUGAGCAGACAAGGUUUUUCUGAAGCCAAUUUGCCCUGGUCGUCUUGAAUUCAUACUGGUCGCACAGCUGCAGAGAAUUUCUAGUGAAAGAUAACCAAACAAUCCUGCAAUGGAGAAUCAAAUGAAGACAGUCUGUAAGGACGCACCCGAUGUGCUGGACUUGGAUAACAGUACACUAAUCGGAGGCGGUGGUGUGGGCGAUGCAUACGGUGAAGAUGCCGCUACAGAGGAUCAGACGUUCACUCCUUGGACCCGGGUUGUUGCGAGUGGGCUGGAGCUGCUGAGAGACCCACGUUACAACAAGGGUCUCGCAUUCUGUGAGGAGGAGCGAGCAAGGCAUUACCUGCAAGGUCUCCUUCCUCCAGUUGUCAUGUCACAAGAGCUUCAGAUUCAACGAAUAUUACAAAAUGUGCGAGCAUACGAGACUGACCUCGAGAGAUACGUUGAAGUGAUGGAUUUGCAGGAGCGCAAUGAAAGGCUUUUCUACAGGGUUCUUAUUGAUCAUGUGGAGGAGUUAUUGCCAAUUGUGUAUACUCCAACUGUGGGAGAAGCAUGCCAAAAAUACGGCAACAUAUUCCGUCGUCCUCAUGGUCUCUACAUUUCACUGAAGGACAGAGGCCAUGUGUUGGAUUGCAUGAGAAAUUGGCCGGAGCCGAACGUGCAGGUCAUUGUCGUGACGGACGGUGAACGGAUUCUUGGGCUUGGUGACCUUGGAUUGCAGGGGAUGGGUAUUCCAAUUGGCAAGCUUGCUCUGUACACAGCUCUUGGUGGCAUUCGACCCUCCGCCACUUUACCUGUUACUAUCGACGUAGGCACCAACAAUCAGGAUCUUCUGGACAAUCCAUUCUACAUUGGGCUACGCCAGAAACGAGCCACUGGCAAGGAAUAUGACGAAUUACUGCAUGAAUUUAUGACGGCCUGCAAGCAAGCUUACGGAGAGAAAGUACUUGUUCAGUUUGAGGAUUUUGCGAACCACAAUGCUUUCCGUUUGCUUGCGAAGUAUAGUACUUCACAUCUUGUCUUCAACGACGAUAUUCAGGGAACUGCAGCAGUUGCACUUGCGGGAGUGUUGGCAGCCUUGCCUUUAACAGGGGGCACACUUGCUGAUCACAAAUUUCUUUUUGUGGGGGCUGGUGAAGCUGGAACAGGUAUAGCUGAGCUUAUUGCCUUGGAGGUUUCCAGACAGGGAAAUACAAGUCUGGAUGAGGCCCGGAAAGCAAUAUAUCUUGUUGACUCCAAGGGUUUGGUGACAAAAUCAAGAUUCGAUUCACUUCAGGAAUUUAAGAAGCCAUUUGCUCAUGAUCUCAAGCCUAACUCCGAGCUUGUAGCUAUUAUCAAAGAGAUCAAGCCAACAGUGUUAAUUGGUACUACUGGAAAAGGUGGGCAAUUCACACAAGCGGUUUUGGAGGAGAUUUCUUCGUACCAGGAGAAACCCGUCGUCUUCGCACUCUCCAAUCCAACCACUCAGUCUGAGUGCACCGCAGAGCAGGCUUACAAAUAUACUAAGGGAAAAUGCAUCUUUGCAAGUGGAAGUCCGUUCAAGCCCGUCACUCAUGAAGGGAAAACGUACACGAUAGGCCAGUCCAAUAAUUGCUAUAUCUUCCCGGGUAUGGGCCUUGGAUGCGUCAUUUCAGGAGCUAUUCGAGUCCACGACGACAUGUUCUUGGCUGCUGCUGAAUCACUAGCUCAAGAGAUUGGUGAGGAUCAUCUUGAGAAGAGGCAAUUGUACCCAGCUUUCAGUGAAAUCCGGGAUAUUUCGGCCCAUAUCGGUGCAGCAGUGGCUGCAAAGGCCUACGACCUGGGAUUGGCGACCAAGCUACCAAGGCCCAAAGACCUCCUUGCUUAUGCCAAGAGCUGCAUGUACAGCCCGGUGUACCGUCCAUUUCGGAGGUAAAAUUGACCAUUUUGGGUGGAUUAACCUGUGACCAUGGGAGUCAACUCCCACAGUGAGAUUUUCGCUAAAUAAAACUCUUUUUACGAUCAACGUCGGUCUCUUUUUGGUCAGCAAUAUCGUAAAGCUGCUAGAAUUAUUACUAGCUGUUGUGAGCAUAACAUCUACUUAGGCGAAGCACAUGUUCUUUACAACUUGCUUGUUGCUUCUAGCCUGCAGACACCGAUAAGCCCGAAAUGUGGUCCAUGUAACUAGACUCUUGUGAUCAGGUUUCGUAACCUUUUCGCAAUGCAUGAUCAUUCUGUUGGCGAUAGGGAUAUCGUCAUCAUUCGACAAGACGCCCAAAUGAGUCACAGUUUCACCUACAUUA